UAAGAUAUCCAUCUACAACUUCCACAAAACACACAAGAAAAAAUCAACAAGAUAACAAUGAGGAGAUCUUUUGGGCCAAGAAUGGGCGGCGGUGGGGGUGGUGGAAACGGCGGAGGCAUGAUCAAGUCCAUUCAUCGAGCCGUUAGGGCCGGUAUGGGUGGCACCGGUGGCUCAGCCAUCGAACCCAACUCACACUUUUCAACAAGAUCAACCACUAGUACAAUAAAUAACCGUAGUAACAUGAACCAACCCUUAAACACAAGUCUCUUUUUAUCAAAUAAUAAUAAUAGUAGUAAUAGUCCUUAUGUCCCAGUGACCGGGACGUCUCACUGGGACAUAUUGACACCACCGGCUAUAACCGGUGAUCAUGAGCUUUAUGAUUGGGAAUACGUGGAUGAAAGUGGUUCGUGUGGGAGUGAUGGUGAAAGUAGUGUGUAUGGGUUUUAUGAUGAUAUGGUUUAUGGGAGUGUUCCUUCUAAAGAUGAGGUUCACCAUGCAGUUUCUUCUCUUCAAGAGGUUCUUGAACCCGUGUCCUUUGGACAAUUGAUGAAAGAUCGGAGAACACAUGGUAGUGAUGACGAUGAAAUUGGACAGAUUUCAAGUCAAACUAGUUUUCAUACGUCCGAGUCAGAUUGGGUUGAGCCAUCGAUGCAUAGUUUGCAAGUUCCUAGUGUUGGCAAAGUUUAUGAUGCUUUCCAUCUAUUACAAACUGAGCCUUCUGUCCAGAGAAUGGUCAUGUCCUUGUCAUCAGACAAGGCUGUUUGGGACGCUGUUAUGAACAAUGAGGUGGUUCGUGAGCUUCGCGAAUCAGUCGGUGGAGCAGACAAAAGUAUAUCCGAUGGAUCACAGGAUCGUGACUCGAAUCCAGUUACACAGGUUCUUCGUCGGAUCUUUGCCAAUACAAAGGAUAAAGUGAUUGAAAUAGUAGAGAUGUUAACAAAGAUUGUGAAUGAGUUAAUUCAACCCAUGAACAAGGAUGAGACGUCAAAGAGAGAUGACAAUAUGCCCCUUAACACAUUUGAAGAGAACCUUAGAAGCUCCUUCAUUCUCUCUAUAAUGGUUCUCCUGAUUGUAGUUGUGACUCGAGCCAACAAAUGUUGAUCAUGCUCUCAUUCCGUGACCAGGCUCACAAGUAUUGAUCAUGAUCAUAGUUUUGAGUAAGGUAUUGAUCAUGGUCUCACUUGUGAGCCAGGAUCAUUUUUAUGAGCGUGAUUGACAUGUUUUGAUCAUGAUCUUUGUGGUCUUGAGUCUGGCCCAAAGAUGUUGAUCAUCAAUUUGCUGACAUGACAAACGAUAGGAUUCUUCUCAUGAUCUUUUAUGCAUAAGAAUGAUAUAGAUUCUGUUUGUAAAAGUUUUGGAUAUGGUAAAGUAGACUUGUUCUGAAAAUAUUAUGAUCAUGUUGAUGUGUUGA